AUGGCUGCAGGUGACGUCACGUUCAUAGAGGGCGCAUCGUUCAAGCUUCUUCGUCGUCUCGUUGAUGACUCGGCCGUAGCAGCAAAGAUGGAAUGUCUCGUUCAAGCAGGAACUUUAAACCUUGCCGGCAACAUCUUCAACGAUCAGUUCAACAUCGCCCUCGAUCCAGAGUCUGCAGAAUAUGUACUACGCAGAGCUCAUGUGUUUCGCGAUUUUAUUGCUGUACCGUCCCACACGUCUCAGGCGAUCACCUUCUCUGUUGGCAGACUGGAAGAGCAUGGCUUCUCUGGUCUUGCAAGAUGGAUCUUAUCCUUCACUCUUCGCAAUGAUCCCGCUAAAGUGCCAGAAGGAGUCGUCAAUUUAAAGAGUCAGCACGGCCACGAAAGGGUCAAGUUGCCUGACCUUGCGAUGAUUCUACUCGGACUAGGCUCUGGGACGUAUCCAAGUCAAGUGGCGCGGGUAGUGUUACCCAACACGCAAAGCGGGCCAUUGCUCUUCAAGAUUUCAGAUACGGGAAUCUGCAUACUCGAACCAAAGACUGGCCACAAGUACGAGCCGGUGGACCUGACGGAAGUUCUUAUCCAGGUACAAUAA